UUUAAUUUUCAAAGUUAGGUCUGUCCGGUUUAAACCCAUUUAAAGCUCGGUUCUGUCCAAACCUUCGUGUCGGAUCAGACAGGACCUUUACCGCUCAGUCAUGCAACAGUACGAAGGAGGCAGAAAUGAAGCUGGAGAGAGACACGGAACCGGAAGAGCUGCUCUACCGAACGGAGACAUUUACGAAGGACAGUACGAGAACGGACAGAGACACGGACAGGGGACAUAUUCCUUUAAAAUUGGAGCCAAAUAUGUUGGAAACUAUUACCAGAACAAGAAACAUGGACAGGGAACCUUCUACUAUCCAGAUGGGUCUAAAUAUGAAGGGUCUUGGGUGGACGAUGUGAGACAGGGUCACGGUGUCUGCACGUACCCCAACGGUGACACAUAUGAUGGAGAAUGGCUGAAUGGCAUGAGGAUGCUGAGGUGCGUUGGACUGUGUCAGCCUCCCCAGGAAGUCAAAGAGGAUUCCUUAAUGUCCCACCGGCCUGACUCCUGGGUUUAAACUUGAGGUGAUUUUAGACGUUACUGUCCCACAUCAGAACUUUAUCUGAAAGCCCUGACAGACUCUCAUCAAUACUUGUGUUAAUGUUUAGAAAAUACUGUUUUAAUUCUCUUUUGAGCUUGUAAACUUAUACAAAGUAAAAUGCCUCUUCACCUCUGUGUAUCUUCAUCUGUAUUUUUAUAAAGAUUUUAUGCUUUUAGGCUUAAACAUGUUUGUGUUUUUAAAUUUAUCACAUAACAAUUGGAACUUUGUUCAGUAAUUCUAAAAAUUCCUAUAAGCUACUUUCAGCUUCUCUGUAUUAGAAGUAGAAAAUGUUUCAUGUCAAAUUUUACUAAGCAUGAGUAAAA